CCAAUAGAAGCACAGACUGAAAGACCCGGCAGCUUUUUGAUGACGUAUGUGAUCUAAAGCACAAAGCCGCGUGAAAAUGCUCUUCUACUCGUUUUUUAAGUCUUUGGUUGGCAAAGAUGUUGUGGUGGAGCUCAAGAAUGACUUGAGCAUAUGUGGAACAUUACAUUCAGUUGAUCAGUACCUGAACAUCAAACUGACAGAUAUCAGUGUUACUGAUCCAGAGAAAUAUCCGCACAUGUUGUCUGUGAAGAACUGCUUCAUUCGUGGAUCAGUGGUGCGAUACGUUCAGCUUCCUGCAGAUGAAGUGGACACACAGCUACUACAGGAUGCUGCACGCAAAGAAGCUACACAACAGAAACAAUAAUGUUUAUAUUUGAGAAUAGUUUGGUUUUGUUCCAAUGUUCAGAAGCAUCAUCUGUGGAGUUUUGUUGAUUUAAAUGUUUUUCUUACCUGAAACAUGUAAAGUUUUUUUUUUCUCUUUAAUUUUUACGUCAUGUGAAGCCUGUUAUUGAGGGUGUGAUUUACUGUUUUUUUUUUUUACUUCACAAGUUAGUGGUUGUGUGCUUUUAAUGAGUGUUGGUAAAGUUCUGUACUGCAUACCAAUGACUUUUAGUUAGGUUCACACAUUGAUGCAAAAAUAAAGUAUUUUCCUCUGUUUUCACACAUUCCUAUUGGUGGGAAAAAUCGUCCAUUGUUGGAGUUCAGCUGACAACAUUUUACAAAUUAUGUUCGUGGAAUGCUGGUGUUUUGGUUUAGGCAGGCAUGUCCAAACUCGGUCCUGUAGGGCUGGUGUCCUGCAAAGUUUAGUUUCAAACCCAAUCAGACACACCUGGGCUAGCUAAUCAGGCUCUUACUAAAAACAUAAUUGCAGAUGUGUUGAGGCAGGUUGGAGCUAAAAUCUCCUGGACACCGGCCCUCCAAGAUUGAGUUUGGACACCCUUGGGUUAAGGUGAAUGGAUAGUUUAGCAGAGGUGUCAAACUCAAUUCCUGGAGUGCUGCAGCCCUGCACAGUUCAGUUCCAAGUGUGUUGGAGCAGGGUUGGGUUUCAAAGAAGCCCGAAAGAUUUAAUUACUUUAAUCUGGUUGUGCUUACUUAAACUGAACUAAACAGUGCAGAGCUGCAGCCCCCCCCCAGGAACUGAGUUUGACACCUGUAGUUUACAGCCUAGUCCCAAACUAAAAAGUAAGUUGUUUAGAGUAAAAGAAACUCGUAGUUACUGUUCCUAAAAUAUACCAUUGACUUUGUUUUGUGUCAAGAUUUUUAGGCACUUUUAUGCGCUAAUAAAGUAAUCAUGGCUUCAUCAAA